GAAAUGAACUGUUGUGUGUGUGUGUGUGUGUGUGUGUGUGUGUGUGUGUGUGUGUGUGUGUGUGUGUGUAACAGUGUGUGAGUGUAUCUUUGCAUUCAUUCUACCGGCAUGCUUCUUCACACUAGGGAGGUUAAAUGAAUCUUUUAUCCAGCACUAUUUACUGCAUGAGUGAACUUAAAUCACUAUUUCUGAGUUAAAAGGAUGACAUUACUUCAGAGGAUUUUGGAAUUAGCCGUUUAUUUUUCCUGUAAUUAAGAGGAUUUAGAGGACUGUAAUGGUUAUUCUGUAUGUUGUAGAUGGACCAUGCCACCUGUCCAUCCAUUUUUAAAGCCCGUCCUUCCCCUGAGGAGCUGAGUUAAGGUGUAAUUUACUUCAUGACCAACAAUUUUGCAACAGUAUACAUCAUUUGAAAGUGAUGGAAAAUGUGAAAGAUGCUGAUGAUGCAAAUGGAGAAAAUGACUUAGAAAAUGAGGUUUGUGAGCCAAUGUCCAAAAAAGAAGGAAAGUCAGCCCCAGCUCCAAAAGAAGAACCAGCUUCUGGAGCAGCAGAACCAGCAUCAGCAGCCGAUCCUAAACCAGCAACGCCAGCACUGGAAACAUCUGCUUCUGCCUCAACUGCAACACCAGAGUCAGCUACGAAACCUCCUGAAAAAGCCACCCCUGCACCUGGACCAGCCCCGGUGGCAGCAGCCCCAGAACCUGCCAAAGAACCAGCUUCUCCUACAAAUCCAGCUUUCAAAUAUGAUCCUGUCGCUGCGGGUCAUCUCAGUGCAAGACAGCUUGAAGAGUUCAGAGAAGCUUUCCUGUUGUUCGCCGGAACUCCUUCAGGGGGGAUGAAGAUUUCACUAGCUCAGUGUGGAGAUGUGAUGAGAGCUUUGGGUCAGAACCCAACAAAUGCUGAAGUUUUGAAUGUUCUUGGAAAACCAAAGCCUGAAGAGAUGGAAUCCAAACUGAUCGACUUUGAGACAUUCCUGCCUAUGUUUCAACAAGUUUCAAAGUCUCCUGGAAGGGGCACAUUUGAAGAUUUUGUGGAAGGCCUAAGGGUUUUUGACAAAGAAGGCAACGGAACAGUCAUGGGGGCUGAACUCCGCCAUGUGCUUGCUACAUUGGGUGAGAGACUGUCUGAGGGUGAAGUGGAUCAGUUGCUGGCAGGGCAGGAGGACACAAAUGGUUGCAUUAACUAUGAAGCUUUUAUAAAACAUGUCAUGGCUGGCUGAGCGAUCUCUUCUGGUGCAGUAGCAGCCUCACAUGCAUGUCAGCAGUGCUUAACUGAAGCUCAUGUGUUGGAGUUCAUCAGUGAAUCAUGAACAAUGAAAGUUUUAUUUUAAAUAUUACAUAACAUUAAAAUCACUCUUCUUCAACCGCAA